UUUUUUUUCCUCCUCUCUUUCUUUCUGCCCUUGAGCAUCCCGGGUAAACCCGAGCUUGUAAAGUGGGAAGAGGAGGAGGAGAGGGGGGGAGAAGAAGGGCGGGCACGAGCCUUUCCUCAAAGUCAAUAUUUUAUACUUUUGAUACUCCCUGACGCUGGAAUUUCAGUCCUCUUCUUUUUUUUCUCUUCUUCUUCUUCCUCUCCAGCCGUUUUCUAGAUCUAGGACACCGAUCUACCGUGCGCAGCCAUUCACGGUGUGAUAUAUAUAUAUAAAAAAAGAAAAAGUAUCCGGACAGAAGGCAAAAAAACAAACAAACAGCGAGCCGGGGCAGCCAGGCAAGAUAACCGGGAGUACAGUGAGGACCGCGGCGGGGAACGAGUACAGUGGAUGAUCGGGAGGGGGGUGGGGGGGGAUCCUUUCUUUUUUUUUUUUUUUUAAUCUUUCUUUAAACCUAAAGAAGGGGACCGUGAACGCAGCCCAACGCCACACAAAGUGCUGACCUGUCUCACGGAUGCGCGUUAGAAGACAAUCAGAGGAGCUCGGCCAGUGCAAUUCGUCCAAUGGAUAUACCUGAAGACGCAGCAGCUUCUCCAACAUCCUCCCGGACCAGCUCCACUGUUACCCCGCAGGACGCAGCUCUCUGAGACAUGGACCCGCGUUAACAUCUCUCUCCCAUCAACACACAGCAACACUAUGGUUAAAGUGUAUGCCGAGAUUAAUCUCUGUCACAUUAUCCGCCUCUCCACCCACCGACCAUCUUCCUCAGGAAGUCAGCCGUCAAAACAAGAGCGCGUCCCUCUCUCGGCUCUCCGGGGGCCGUCAAUAUUUGUGAAGAGACACUGAGCGAUAAGUCGCCGUACAGUGUUCUCCUGUCUUUUAAAAAAGCCUGAAGGGGAGUUGUGUCAAUUUACCUGCACCUCUCAAUUCACAGUACAGCAGUAUGGUGGUAGGGAUGUCCACUAUUUCCUUAUGAUCACCGCUCCAUGCGCUUCACCUCUCCUCUGAGCUCCGUGGCCCCCUCACCCUGUGCCGGACCCCGCUCCAAACACCACCCCCCCAGCCUGCCAUGCUCCUCCAGGUCGUGUUUCUGCUGCUGCUGCACUGCUUGGCCUCCACUCUGGGCCAGUACGAACUGUGCAAGUCCCUGGUGAGCACGGAUGAGGGCUCGGUGUGGGAGCAGUACGCGUGCCAGCCGAAAUCCGCGUCCAUGAAAGACUACAUGCGGAUCAAGGUGGAUCCGCCGGGAAUCACGUGUGGGAAUCCACCCGAGAGAUUCUGCACUCUGGAGAACCCAUACCUGUGCAGUGACGAGUGUGAUGCCUCCAACCCAGACUUGGCCCACCCUCCUCAGCUGAUGCAGGACCGUGAACGUAACGGCCUGCUCACCUACUGGCAGACAGUCACAUGGAGACGACACCCAGAGCCCCUGUUGGCUAACAUCACCAUGUCCUGGAACAAGAGUCUGGAGCUCACGGACGACAUCCAGAUCACCUUUGAGUACGGGCGUCCUACUAUCAUGGUAAUGGAUAAGUCCAUGGAUCACGGACGCUCCUGGCAGCCCUACCAGUUCUACGCCGACGACUGCAUGGACGCCUUCAACAUGCUACCCAGACGCGUGCAAGACCUUUCGCCCACCAAUAUCACGCGGGUCAUCUGCACCGAGCAGUACUCGCGCUGGGUCGGCUCCAAGAACGACAAGAACGUGAAGUUCGAGGUGCGGGCGCGCUUUGCCGUGUUUGCAGGAUCACGGCUGCAGAACAUGGACAACCUGUACACUCGCAUGGAAAGUAUGAAGGGUUUGAGGGACUUCUUCACCUUCACCAACCUUAGGUUGAGGCUUCUCAGGCCCGCCCUCGGAGGCACCUACGUCCAAAGAGACAACCUGCUCAAGUACUUCUAUGCCAUCUCCAACAUCGAGGUACCUGCCAGGUGUAAGUGUAACCUCCACGCCUCCCAGUGCCUGCUGCAGGACGGGAACCUCCAGUGCCAGUGUGAACACAACACCACUGGCCAGGACUGCCAGCGCUGCAGGAAGGGCUUCAAAGCCAAGUCCUGGAAGGCUGGUUCCUACCUGCCAGUACCCAAUGGAACCCCCAACACCUGUACAAUUGCUGGUUUACCCUACGGUUCUGCCACAACAUCAGCUCUGUCUGACGCUGAUCCUGAAGCUGAAGACAGUGAAGCUAAAGUUGAAGCUGAAGGUGAAACACAGGGUCAACCUGAAGCGGGUGUGGGUGGACCCAAGGGCGAGACAGAGAACGCUACAACCACCUCAGACGCCGAACAGCCUCCGGCUGGUACCCACAAGCAGUCUGGAGCUCCUCAGAAAGGUGUGGAAAGUAGCUUAGCUGUAGAGUAG